AUGGAGUUCUUGUCAAGGAUAUCACAACAUUUAGGUAUAGUGGAAGAUGUUGAUCGAGAUGGCACCGUGUUCAUAUUGGGCAAAGAAUACGCUCCCCUUAACAAUAAAUCAAGAACGGAUGUGGAAACAGAUGACUCGGCCUUGGAAAGCCUGAUAAAUAUCGUCUCAUUAAAUCCUGGACUUUUGUCUGACGUACAUUCACGAGUGUUCUUCACAUACCGCACACAGUUUACCCCUAUCCGCAGAAAUGAGAAUGGACCAUCUCCUAUCAAUUUUACCCUUUUUUUUAGAGAUAAUCCUAUCAACACAUUAGAAAAUGCUUUAACUGAUCCUGACAGUUUUUAUUCAGAUAUUGGUUGGGGUUGUAUGAUACGCACUGGGCAGGCUCUUUUAGCGAAUGCCAUUCAAAGAGUCAAGCUUGCCAGGGAGUUCAGAAUAAAUGCUUCAAGAAUAGAUGAUAAUGAGUUAAAUCUGAUCCGUUGGUUUCAAGACGAUGUCAAAUAUCCUUUGUCGUUACACAACUUUGUCAAAGCAGAAGAGAAAAUAUCUGGAAUGAAACCUGGGCAGUGGUUUGGGCCAAGCGCAACAGCCAGAAGCAUAAAAACAUUGAUUGAAGGGUUUCCCCUUUGUGGAAUUAAGAAUUGUAUAAUUUCAACUCAGUCGGCAGAUAUAUACGAAGAUGAGGUCACAAGAAUUUUUCAUAAGGAUAGGGAUGCUAAUUUACUUCUGCUGUUUGCUGUCAGGUUGGGUGUUGACAAAAUCAACAGCUUAUACUGGAAAGACAUAUUCAAGAUUCUCUCAUCACCAUAUUCUGUCGGGAUCGCAGGCGGUAAACCCUCGUCAUCAUUAUACUUUUUUGGAUAUCAAAAUGAAAAUCUUUUCUACCUUGAUCCACACAACACUCAGCAAUCUUCUUUAAUGAUGGAUGAUCUUGAAUUUUACCGAAGUUGUCACGGACACAAAUUCAACAAAUUGCAUAUAUCAGAAACAGAUCCGUCAAUGUUACUCGGUAUGUUAAUUUCAGGUAAGAAUGAAUGGGAUCAGUUUCAUACUUAUUUCAGAGAUAGUCAAAUUAUUCAAUUUUUGACAACCAGGCCAGAAAAUGAUUUAUAUCAAAGUGCCAAUAUGUCUGUCGGUUCUGAUUCUAUUCACUCAUUGGAGUCAGACAUACAGGACACUGGAGAAUACGUUGAUGUUGGAACAUUAGUUUCUGGCAAACAAAUGUCCUCCCCGCAACCAAAAGAUGAAGAAUUUGAAGAUGUUAAAUGCAAAAGCCAGCGAAUAAUCGUCUGCGAAGAUCCAGCUGAUCCUGAAGUUGAACAAGUUCUUGUCGAGGAUUCAUCCUCCUGCUGA